AUGGCUGCUCCCAGAGCCCUCUGCCGGUUCCUGAGGUAUCUGUCGAUGCCGCUGGAAGGCCUCGCCCCGGGCGGCGCUGGCUCCGGGGAGGACCACGUGAAGUACACCAUGACCUUGGAGCUGAAGCUUCCACUCCAGAGGCCCGCGCCCGUGGCUCCACCGGCCGGAGUCCUUGGUUGGUUGGGUUGA